CUUGGGCAUCAAUCAAUGAUCCGCCUUCCUCGGUUCUUUCAGCCCAUCCAUGUGGCUAACGUGUUGCUGAUCCUUCUAUUCAUCCCGGCGCGGCUCAUGUCGCCGGCCCUGCAGGAGCUCACCGCCACACAGGACCAGCACACGGGGUUGCGCCGCGAUUUGUGUGCGGUUGUGGUGCUGGGUGUGUUCUUUGUCUUUCGCUCGAAUCGCAAGGCCACGUGGGACCACAAGCUGCUGGACUUGUUCGUGUGGACCAAGUCGCUGAUCCUGGCGUCCUUCUGGAUGUCCAACGUCGUCAUGGGCCUCUGGUACUCCUUCCUCUGCCUCUGUAAGUACGCAAUUAAUGCACUCACUCAUGCAGUUAGUGCAGUGCAGCAAGGCAAGGAAGGCAGGGCAGGGCAGGCCGAAAUGAUGCACCCAGUUGUCCAUGAGGGAGGGAGGGCAGUACUGAUAUUCAUUUCGUUGUGGUGUCUGUCUGUCCGUCUGUGUGUGUGUGUGUGUGUGUGUGUGAUGGAUGGGAUGCAGGUGUGUGGUUGGUCUUCCCGUUGGGUCACUAUCAGGGCGAGUCUAAGGUGGAGAUGAUCGACGGUAAGGGCCGGUUUGCCCACCUGCUGGGUCUGGCGGGCAAGGGCCCGCUGCUUGACAAGACGCUCGAGGUCACCUGGUUGAUCCUCUUCUACAAGCCAUUCAGGAAGGAGUGCUCCGAGCCCCAGGUCGUCAUCGCCAACCUUUCACUCAAGUAAGCAGACAGACAGCCAGACAGCCAGCCAGCCAGACAAACGAUGGACGGAUGGAUGGCUGUAUGGAUGUUAUGUGACUGAGUGAUUGCAUUGAUUGCAUUGCAUGGCGGCUCGGCUGUGUGUAUGUGUAUCUAUCUCCCUAGGUACACGAGUGAGAGGUUGCGGUUCGGCAAGGUGGACAUCUCACGCAACGCUGUCCUCGCCAAACGAUUCCAAAUCGACGUACGCACGCACGCUACGUGAGGGAGGGAGGGAGGGAGGGAGGGAGGGAACAUCCGUAUCUAUAUCUCUUUCUGUCUGUGUUUGUGUGUGUCAGCCUGAUCGGUCAGACCAGCUGCCCACCUUCAUCCUGUUCGAGAGAGGACAGGUGAGACAAACCGCACCGCCACACGGCACUCACUCACACACACGUGUGUGGUCUCUCACCCGUGUGGUGUGUGUGUUGGCGGAUGUACAUGUCAGGAGGCCAAGAGGGCGCCAUCGCGCAACGCCAAGGGCGAGUACCCGCGCCUUAAGUACACCGAGGACUCCCUGUGCUCGUACUUCGGCAUCGACAGGGGCGCCGCCGCACAGCAACGAGCGCCCCGGAAGAAGAGCAAAGGCAACGCUGCGGCCAGCCAGGAGUUAACAACGGGUAGUAGUGGUGCUGCCGCGGCGGCACAGAGUGAAGGGAAGAAAGACAGUUAACUAACUAGUGGAGUGGAGUGGAGUGUGGUGUGGGUUGUGCAUGCCAUGCGGCUGUCAUGGUCAUGAUUGCCUGUGUGGGGGUGGGCUGGGGUGGCAGACAUUGUAUUGUCGAUCAGUCGGUGGCCAGCCAGCCGGCUCGACGCGUCUGUCGUGUCUGUCGUGCACACGUGUGGGUCACUCACUCACUGUCCGUGCCACGCCACGCCUUACUUGGAUGAGAACGGGAUUGCUUCGAGACAGUCAGACAGAGAUUUAUGUGGUCGUUAGUUAUUCUUCAUGUUACCAGCCGCGUGCCACAUAAACAUGAAUUUCAUC